AUAUUCCUUCUGCCCAACUGUUCCUUCUGUCUUUCAAAUCCUUUCAAAAACAAAAAUCAAAAGCAACAGUCAAAAUUUCUAUCUUAAUCUUCAUUUUACCGUCAAAAGAUCUCUAGAAAAUUUUCUCCAAAUUUUUCUUCAGGUUGGGCACAACAAAUUUCAAUCUUCUUAUCCAAAUAUUUUCAGUUCUACCAGAAAUAUAAUGAGAAAGGAUAAGGGUGGGACGAUGGUUAUGGAGCAAACCAGGCUACGUAGCAGACCAAAUCUGGGUACUCUCUUCCAAUCUGAGCCUUCUUUGUUUGCUUUAAACAAUAACGUUGACGUUGGUGUCGAAGACGAGUCCCCUUAUCGUAAAAGCAGUGCCUCUUUGGCCAGCCCGAUGCAUUCCAACAGCACGACAACAAGCGGCGAGGGUUCUCCUUACGUCAUGUCACCAUUUAACGAGGCUUCUCCAUGCAACAAAUCCCCAUGGAUUACCCCAUCUACGAUCGAAACUGAUUUUGGCCAAAACGGGCUUAUCGGGUCAAUUGUACGAAAAGAAGGUCAUAUUUAUUCGUUAGCUGCUUUUGGAGAUUUGUUAUAUACGGGUUCUGAUAGCAAGAACAUCCGCGCAUGGAAGAACUUGAAGGAGUUAUCAGGUUUUAAAGCUAAAAGUGGCUUGGUUAAAGCCAUUGUUAUAUUGGGUGAUAGGAUAUUUACUGGUCACCAAGAUGGUAAAAUCCGUGUCUGGAAGGUUUCAUCAACAGACCCUAGCGUCCACAAAAGAUUUAGUAGUUUGCCAACUUUCAAAGAUUUAAUUAAAAGCUCUGUUAAACCUAACAACUACGUCGAAAUUCGGAGAAACCGUAGCGUUCUUCGAAUCAAACACUUUGACGCGGUUUCUUGCUUGAGCUUGAAUGAAGAACUUGGGUUGUUAUAUUCAGGGUCUUGGGAUAAAACCAUGAAAGUUUGGCGACUAGCGAACUCGAAAUGCUUGGAAUCCAUUGAUGCUCAUGAUGAUGCAAUAAAUUCUGUUGUGGCUGGAUUAGAUGGCUUGGUGUUUACGGGGUCGGCAGAUGGGACAGUCAAGGUUUGGAAGAGAGAGUUACAGGGGAAAGGAACAAAACAUUUCCUGGUUCAAUUGUUGUUGAAGCAAGGAAACGCCGUGACAUCGUUGGCUGUGAACAAAGAAUCAGCUGUGCUGUAUUGUGGAUCGUCUGAUGGGCUUGUUAACUUCUGGGAAUGUGAAAAGCACCUUUCACAUGGCGGGGUCCUAAGGGGCCAUAAAAUGGCUGUGCUGUGCUUGGCUACAUCUGGGAAUUUGGUGUUCAGCGGGUCAGCUGAUAAGAGCAUAUGCGUUUGGAGACGAGAAGAAGGUGGGAUUCACACCUGCCUUUCUGUCUUAACAGGUCACACUGGUCCCAUAAAAUGCCUAGCCGUUGAAGAAGAUCAUCAAACAUCAAGCAAGGCUAAUCGGAAGUUUAUUGUUUAUAGUGGUAGCCUUGACAAGUCCGUCAAGGUGUGGCGCGUGUCCCAAUACGCGCCCGAAUUGAAGGAGGUUAAGCAGGCUUACCUUAACAGCUACACGGUUAAUGGUGACACGGUGAAGGGAAAGAGGUAAGAGUGAUGCGGUUUUUCCCUAACAGCAAGAGCCAAGAGACAGGCAUAGUCAAAGUUAAAACAGAGAAAGCGAAGGAACAUAGCACGCGGACUCACGGCAUAUUAGAAAGUUGCAUGGCGCAGGCGUUGUUAUUUCGUGGUCCGAUCCAUUUCCAAUUGGCUCUUGGACCAUCUUGAUUCGAGUCUUACCCUCGAAGGCACUUUUGGUGGGUGUGGACGGCGUAACGUGUAGAAAUUGAAUGAUUUCAGCCAAUGUCAAAGUGCCACCUAUGAAAGAGUAAAAGAGGGUAUUUCAAAUUUUCGAAGUUUGCAAUGAAAAGAUAUGAUUAAUUAGUGAUUGCUGUCUUUUGUAUAUGUAAUGUAUUAGAAGCACAUAAAAACUGUCUUUUGUAAAUGUCUUUUUAAGGGGAGUGGGAGGCGCCUCCCUGUUGAAAAGUACAGUUCGGCAUGUUACUGAUAGCACAAGGUUGACAAAGUUUUUGGUUUGGCAAAUGACUUUUUGGUUCCUUUUUACAAAUUUUAAUGUGGCCGGCUGCCAUGGCCAGGACCAAGAGGUUCGCGUGAACAAAUUUACUGUCCCAUUUGUGCAAAUUUUAAAUUCAAGCUUUACCGGUUUAAGUUUGUAAAUACUAAGAUGAACAUGUUCUUGUCGAAUCUCCAGUUUUAACUGCAA